UGGUGGUUUCCUCAUAUGUGGAGCCACAUGCAACCUCACCUGUUCCAUAAUGAAUCUUCACUAGUGGAGCAAAUGAUUCUCAACAAAAAAUUUGCCUUAGAACAUGGCAUUCCAACUGAUAUGGGAUACGCUGUGGCUCCACAUCAUUCUGGUGUCUAUCCUGUUCAUGUUCAGCUUUAUGAUGCCUGGAAGAAAGUCUGGAAUAUCAAAAUCACCAGUACAGAAGAAUAUCCACAUCUAAAACCUGCACGGUACAGAAGGGGUUUCAUUCACAAAAACAUCAUGGUUCUUCCUCGACAAACCUGUGGUCUUUUUACUCAUACAAUUUUCUACAAGGAGUAUCCUGGUGGUCCAAAAGAACUAAACAAAAGUAUACAGGGCGGGGAAUUAUUUUUCACAGUAGUUCUCAAUCCAAUCAGUAUCUUUAUGACUCACCUGUCUAAUUAUGGGAAUGACCGAUUGGGUUUAUACACCUUUGUCAGUCUGGCCAAUUUUGUUCAGAGUUGGACCAACCUGAAGCUGCAGACGCUACCUCCACUUCAGUUGGCUCACAAGUAUUUUGAGCUAUUUCCUGAGCAAAAGGACCCACUCUGGCAGAAUCCUUGUGAUGACAAACGACAUAGAGAUAUCUGGUCUAAAGAAAAAACUUGUGAUCGUUUACCAAAAUUCCUGGUUAUUGGACCACAAAAAACUGGCACAACAGCUUUAUAUUUGUUCCUGAUUAUGCAUCCUUCCAUCAUUAGUAACUCCCCCAGCCCCAAAACCUUUGAGGAGGUACAGUUCUUUAAUAGAAAUAACUACCACAAGGGGAUUGAUUGGUAUAUGGAAUUAUUUCCUACACCUUCCAAUGUAACUACUGACUUUCUCUUUGAGAAGAGUGCCAACUAUUUUCAUUCUGAAGAAGCCCCUAAACGAGCAGCUUCUUUAAUUCCUAAGGCAAAAAUCAUCACUAUUCUCAUUGAUCCCUCAGAUCGAGCAUACUCCUGGUAUCAGCAUCAGAGGUCUCACAAGGACCCGGCUGCUUUAAAAUUUACAUUUUAUCAAGUAAUCACUGCAGGACAUCAUGCUUCAUCAGAGCUUAAGGUUCUGCAGAAAAAAUGUCUGAUACCAGGAUGGUAUGCCACUCACAUAGGAAGAUGGUUAGCAUAUUUUCCACCUUAUCAGUUACUAAUUAUCGAUGGACAGCAGUUGAGAAAUGACCCGGCUAUAGUAAUGGAUGAAGUGCAGAAGUUUCUGGGAGUUACUCCUCAUUAUAAUUAUUCAGAAGCUCUAACGUUUGACUCACACAAAGGUUUUUGGUGUCAACUUCUGGAAGAAGGAAAAACAAAAUGUCUUGGAAAGAGCAAAGGCAGAAAAUACCCUCCAAUGGACUCUGAGUGCAGGGUUUUUCUGUCAAGCUACUACAGAGAUCACAAUGUGGAACUGUCAAAGCUGCUACACAAAUUGGGACAACCACUGCCAUCGUGGCUGAGACAGGAGUUGCAAAAAGUGAGAUAG